AUGUCUAUGUCGAUUCCGUCGCCCGCCGCCAUUUCGGUAGAGGCCUUUGCAGAGUACCUCGGCCGCUAUCCCGACGUCAUCGCUACAGUUUCCGCGGCGAAAGGGGCGAAGCCUGGCCAGAAGAGCCUGCUGGAGCUGGACGAGUAUCGCUACGUCACGGCGCCAGCCACGUUCGGCCACCAUCCUGGGGGGAGGCACAAGAUCGCAACCCGCGAUGAUGUCCUGACGCUCGUUGAGUGGAAGCUCCGCCAUGGCAAGUUUCGACCGACCCUCAUGAAGCUUGUCGAGUCCAACCCCACGGCCACGCUCCAGGAGACCAUCCGGGAGGCUGGGAAGAAGUUCUUUGCUGCCACGUGCACGGUCCCCGUUCGUGAUGUGCGGCUGCCCGCGCGUGACGGGGCAGCGCUGCGCUCAGUUAAGAUGCUCUGCGAACUCAAAGGCAUUGGCCCGGCCACAGCGUCUCUGCUGCUUGCUGUGCACUACCCAAAGGAGGUCAUCUUCUUUAGCGACGAGGUCUAUGCGUGGUUGUGUGGCGGUGCGUCCCACAACCCGCCGAGCAAGUACAACGCAAAAGAGUAUGAAAGCGUGGUCGACGGCAUGUUGGCGCUGGUGAGACGGCUGCCCGAAGAGUUUGGCCCGCUGGAUGUCGAGAAGGUGGCGUAUGUCGUGAUGUACGACAAGAAGAAUGGCUCGACUGUCGUCAAGGUGGACAAGAUGGACAAGACGGUCAAGCCGGAGACGACAAAGGACGCAAAGACGGCAGACGACGCAAAGGACGCUGGCCCGGGGAAACGCAAGGCGGAGCAGUUGGCCUAUCUCGUGCAAGGGAUCGACACCAAGUGGCGGAAGCCACAUUCGGAGAAAGCAGCCCCGAAAGCAGCCGCGAAGGCGGCACCAGCAUCCACCAGAACGCGGCGGUCAAGCCGGCUCCAGAAGUCAUCGUAA